CUCUCGCGCGUCUUAGCUUCUCUUCUUCAACUUGUACGCGCCAUCACUCUCUCUCUCUCUCUCUCUCUCUCUCUCUCUCUCUCUCUCUCUACACGAGAUGUUCGGUCGCCGGACACCAAACGCCGAUGUACGGUCGACGCCGGACCGGUUCGCUUUCUCCCCGAGCUCAACCUACUCCGCCGCCUCCUCCACCGUCUCCAGCAAGUCGAGAUCCGGCAACAAUCCCGUCGCGGUCGCGGUCCGAUCGAUCGCCGACGCCUUCUCCGGUUGCUUCAUGCCGCCGGAGCCUGAUGCCUCCAAGAGCUACGGAGUCUCCGGUGACUUGAGAGCUCCCUCAGUGGCAUCAAAGGCAUCCAGAAACAGCAGCGAGAGAACCCGCGGGAUAUAUGUGAGUUCUUACAAUUCGAUGCAAGAUAGGGAGCCUGGAAGCGUUACAUUCACAAUGGAAGAAAUAUAUGCAGCCACCAGGAAUUUUUCCCCCUCAUUCAAGAUUGGGCAGGGUGGUUUUGGGACAGUCUACAAGGGCAGACUCGCAGACGGAACAGUUGUCGCUGUGAAACGCGCCAAAAAGAGUGUAUAUGAUAAGCAUUUGGGUGUGGAGUUUCAAAGCGAAAUUCGCACGCUGGCACGGGUGGAACAUUUGAAUUUGGUCAAGUUCUAUGGAUUCUUGGAGCAUGAAGAUGAAAGAAUCGUUGUGGUGGAGUACGUUCCAAAUGGAACCCUGAGGGAACAUUUGGAUUGUAUGCACAGUAGCAUUCUUGACGUCGCUGCAAGGCUAGAUAUUGCUAUCGACGUAGCUCACGCCGUAACCUACCUUCAUGUGUAUACAGAUCAUCCGAUAAUCCACAGGGACAUAAAGUCCUCAAAUAUUCUCCUCACUGAAAACUUCCGAGCAAAGGUAGCGGACUUUGGUUUUGCUAGACUUGCAGCUGACACUGAUUCUGGUGAAACUCAUGUUUCGACUCAAGUAAAAGGAACAGCAGGCUACUUAGAUCCAGAGUACCUAAGAACCUAUCAGCUUACGGAGAAGAGUGAUGUAUACUCAUUUGGAGUGCUAUUGGUGGAGCUGAUCACCGGAAGGCGUCCCAUCGAACCAAAACGCGAACUGAUGGAACGGAUAACUGCACGAUGGGCCAUGAAGAAAUUCACGGAGGGAGAUGCCAUAACAACCUUGGACCCUAGGCUUGAAAGAACUGAUCCGACUAACUUUGUCCUGGAAAAGAUUCUCGAGCUGGCUUUGCAGUGCCUGGCUCCGCACAGGCGGAGUAGGCCAAGCAUGAGGAGAUGUGCAGAGAUCCUGUGGGGCAUACGCAAAGAUUACCGAGAACUUUCGCCACCCGACUUCCGUUCGUCAUCUCGUUCUGAAAGGAGUACUUCAGUGAGGGAAGAAUAAUGGCACAUAUCGUCUUCGCAUUCUCUGUUGCGAUUCAUGUUGCUCAGAGCUGUUUUUGCUCAAACCGGAGGGAAUCAUCUGUUUUUACAAUACCCUCGAAUGCCGAAGCCAGAUAAAUGCGGAAUUGGAAAAGCUUUGAAGAACCGAUGGAUACUGGUCGCACGAAGGUAAUUGGUCAGCUGGAACCCAGUCAUUCUUGAUUUCUACAAAAUUAUUUUGCGUGGUUAAAGAGGUGGUUUGCCAUUGAAGGAACCUGGUUCAACCUCUUCUUAGAGGCCUUGUGUAUCAUAUGGAGGGUGCUUUGUUUCCUCCCGAUAUUUGCCGUUCUGCGAUUUUCAUCUUAUUAUAUAGAGAACUGUAGUUUGCUUUUCA